CCAACUGCUGUGCUGCCUGACAGUCUUACAGUUGGAGGUGUGCCGUGUGCACCAUAGUUGCGGCAGCGCGAAGUUACUCUGCGUUGUAUCAUUGAACAGUUCGUAUAAUUUAAAGGCCCAAGUGUUGAAAUGUAGGUGCUGCGAGUUGCGAAAUCCUUCAUGAUGCGUCAUGUAUCGUGCAGUUUAAGAAUUACGGCCUGACUUCGGGUAAAUCAGCGUUUCGCUAGUUUACACAGCAGCGACUUGCAUCUGUACUCGAGAACUCUGAAAUGGAAGAGCAAGAAGGUCGUAUGGCUGUUGAUUCAGAUGAGCCUAUGUCCAAUGACGAAAACAACAUUAUUAUAAACGAAGUGGAUGGACUUCCGAACGUCCACCCAAACUACACGGAAUUAGAGUUGAACUGCGACAUGAGACAUCAAAAUCCAGAUGGUGAGCGGUCGUUGGAGGACCUCAUUCACGACGAAGAUCUGCCAACCUCCUUGAUUGUCACUAAUUUGGAGAGCUCACUCUUCAAAAACGACGAGAGAAAAAAAGAAUUAGAAAACCUCUUCCGUCAGUUUGGGGAGCCAAUUUCAUUUCAGUAUUUUAGAAGCUUCCGAAGACUGAGGGUAAAUUAUAACUGUCCUGCAGCUGCUGCAAAGGCCAGAAUACAGUUGCACCAGACACAGUUUGGAGAAACUGUCAUAAACUGUUAUUUUGCCCAGCCUGUUUCACCCAUUGGCUUUGAAGAUCAGCACUUACAACCACCAGCUCCUGUAAAGCAGUUUCUCAUAUCUCCUCCUGCAUCUCCACCUGUUGGAUGGGUUCCAAGGGAUGAGGGUGAACCACUUGUUAACUAUGAUCUGCUCGCUGCGAUAGCUAAUCUCACUCCAGGUGAAACACAUGAAUUGCAUCCUCCAUCAGGAGACCAACCAGGAAUUGUUGUCCACAUCUGUGAGGAGUCAGAUUCUGGAACUCAGCACCCAAAAGGUCGAAUAGCGCAGACACGAUGUCCAGAACACAAGUGAAUAACUGAGUAGAAGGCUGUAAAAAUUUAAUUCUAAUGAAUGUUGCAUGUUUUAAUCGAUAUUGCAUGACAUGACUACUGAUUUUAAGAUAAAAUUAUAAGUGUGAUUCAUUGUACAUAUUUGUGUUUCUGAUACUUUGAACUGUAUGUUUUAUCGUAAAAUGGUAAAUGUAUUUGAAAGAACUGGAAGUCAUACUAUGCAGAACAAGUAUUAACAGCCUGAAUUGUACAGUUCUACAAGUUACUUUAUAAUUACAUCUUUGUGAAUGUAGGAUAACAGGCUUGAUGCAUAGGUGCACCUUCCUAAACUAGUCCAAAUCUCUAAUUCACCUAAGAAGUUUCAUAGUCUGUGUAUUUAUUUUUGGGAAUAGCAUGCUUAACUUAAUUGAAAAUGUAAGAAUCGGUACGUACAUAUGUUUUUGUAAAUAUAUUCACAUAUAUACACAUUUCAGCAUGGGAAUACCCUGUUCCCCAGUAAACUGUCAAUGGAUAUCAAUAUGCGUGGCACAGAAUUUUUUGAGUGUACUGAGCUUUGCUACCUAUCACAGUGAUUUAAUUUGUCAGUUCAUAAAAGAUGGUAGUUUGGAUAUUGUAAAUGUGUUCUGUGUUGUCAGUUUAUACAGAAUAUCAUAAUUAUUAAAUGUUAUGUUGCAGAAGGUAAGCCAGGGUUUCCGUGGGCGUUGAUUAAUUUUUCUUACAAGUGCCACUACUACCAGUCGUGUUGUUGAGAUUGUCGGAUUGGGGGGGGGGGGGGGGGGUGAGUGAAACUCUGAAACUCUGGUGUGUUGUAAGGUGUAAAUGGAACAAAUAAUAAUUACUUUAAUAGAAGAAGAAAGAAAUAGCAGCAGGUAUCUCGUUACUUGUGUUAAAAUUGUCUUGUUCAUGUGUCUAUGUGUCUUCUCAAUAUGUACAUUCAUAUAAGUAUUGUGUUUCUGAUAUACGGUUGUUUAUUGUGCUGUUGCUUUUAAGGCUCUACAUGAAAUACGGAGUGCUUUUUUUCUCUUCCCUUCAAUGAAAUGAUCCAUUCAUAAGGUAAAUAUACAUUGUAUGGAAGGAAUACUGGCACUCAUGUGAUAUGUCUCAUUGGCCUUCAUCAAAAGAUGUGAAGGGAAAAUCUAAUUUCAAAAAUUUACUUCUUGUUAAGUAUUUACAGAGAAAGCAUGUGAGAAAUGUAUUGCCAUUUCCUCAUUAAAAUGGACUUUAAUUAAUGUUUAUGCACUUGAUAGGGGCAAUGUGCAGAGAAGAAAUUGAAAGUUCAUUGACAAAGUUGAAUGAUGACUGGAAAUAUUGUGGAGUGUCAGAAGGAAACAGGAUAUGGUCUUUAACAGUAUGAAGUGAAUGGCUCUUAUCAAAGCAGUAUUUGGUAAAAUCAUUGUUGACUGAGGAUUAGGGAUCACAAAGCAAAAGGAGGACAUGUAUUUGGAAAAGAAAAUUCUAGAGGUUAAUAACCUGAAGCAUUUCUUGUAAAUUGGUACCAUUACUUUAGUUGGUCAUGUACUAUAUUCUUCUCUCUCCACUGUAGUUUUUCUUCUGUUCUACUUCAGUUCACCCAGAUUCCAUAAAGGAUAGAUUAUCUUCACACUUCUCUUGUCUUUAACUGGGUUGCGUGUGCCAUGUAAGCAUUUAUUUCACAUUACUGUUGAACAUGAGAAAUUAAUUUCGUCUUUCAUGUAACUUGUAGGGAGGGGGAAUUUAUCAGACAGUGAAGAAGAAGAAACACCACCACCAAAACUUCUCCCUGAAUAUCAUGAGAGAAGGUUCAUUAUCAAAGAUAUGUUGUUGAAACUUCACAUUGAUAUACCCUCUUCCCAUCACCAGUAUUUCUUAAGUUGACUGAACAUAACCUAUUCAAAUCAUGGGUGUAAUUGUUGAUGCCAAAGUGCAAAAUUAAGGUAAUGAAACAACACUAUUAUUCAUCAGUUGUAAAUUUGAAAAAAAUAUCUACUAGUAUUAUGAACUUUUAAUGCAGUUCUUGUAGCUUACAUAAAUGAAGUGACUAGAAGAAUGAAUGGAAAGAAAUUCAAAUGGUUUAUUUUAUGUAGAUAGUUACAGUACUGUGUGAGGGAUAAUGUUGGUUGGCUAUAAAAUAAAAAUAAAGACAGAUAUUUAAAUCACCUAUAAAUGUUAGAUUUAUAUAUUUACAUAUUGAAAAAUGAAUAAUCAAGAAAGUACUACUUUAUGGAUUACUAAGGAAAGUAUAUAAUAUUUUCUGUCAGACAUAAGUACCAAUCUGUACAGUUUUUACACACACACACACACACACACACACACACACACACACACACACACACACACACACACACACACUUGAAAAUAUUUUCAGAUGAGUUUGAGUCGAAUAGGGAGAAUCAAAAGUUGACAUACAAUGUCCUGUUACUGAAAUACAUAAUAUUUUGUUAUUGAGUCAUAUCAAUUUAAUUUGUAUUUAAAGUAUUCAAAGGGUUAAUGUUUACAAUGCAGUAUUAUUAUGUGAUUUCAUUGUAUGUAAAGCCCCAUUGUAAACUCCAGAUGCAAUAUCCAGGAUUCUGAUCAGCUUUUGAUUGCUGCAUGCUGGAGAAUGGUGAAUAGGUAUAAGCAUAAUUACUCGAAAUUCUUCACUCGUAGUACAAUACACUCCACCCCUUCAAAAGUCUUGACAAAAAUUAUUUUUCAUAGGCAUUCGGUGAUUAAAAUAAAUGAGCUGACCAUCUACUGUGUAACAGCAAGUGUGAAUUUCAUGUUGGAGGUCUGUCAAUAAGAUUUUUCUUUUUGUAUGAAUGAAAAGGCAGCAUUAAUUACAUUUGUUUGGAUUAAAAUGUAAAACAUUUAAUUUCUGCCAGUGCUAUAUUUCCUAUCUUGUUUGCCGACCACGGUGGCCGAGCGGUUCUAGGCACUUCAGUCUGGAACCACGCGGCUGCUGCGGUCACAGGUUCGAAUCCUGGCUUGGGCAUGAAUGUGUGUAAUGUCCUUAGCUUAGUCAGGUUUAAGUAAUUCUAAGUCUAGGGGACUGAUGACCUCAGAUGUUAAGCCCCAUAGUGCUUAGAGUCACUUGAACCUAUCUUGUUGCAGAAUUGAUUUGGAUUUCAGUUGUUCGUAGGAUAAUAGUAGUCUGUCCAAGAACUUGUGCUAGUGUCCUUUGUUAAAUGUGAUGGUAGACCCACUUAAUUCAGCGAUGUCGUUUUGUAUUACGGCCUAGAGUCUAUGAAUUGUUUCUAUGCUAAAUAAUUGCUCUUUUUGAGCAAGCUGUUACAUUAAUGCUGUUAAAGGGCAAAGGUAUAGGAUCAUAAUCUCAGACAAUUUUUGGUUUUUGUGAUCAUUUUGGUUUAUAUACUUUUUUGAAGAAAAAUUUCUUAGGGCAUGGAAGCAUUUACAAUGAAUGUCCUUAAGUGUAAUAGCAUUUUCUUAACUUGAACAGUAAUAUGCCGUAGAUACUCCCCCAGCCUGCUGUCAUAUCAGGGAGAAAGAGAAGUCUUUCACAUAAUGAUUGGUAUGUCAUUUAGCAACAGGAAAGUUAUUUAUGUAACACAGUUGGUAAUUCGUACAACUUUCAUUACUAGGAGUUUAUUGGCAUUUGGUUGAAAUGUGCAUAGUAUGUUUUGCUUCUGAAUGCACAAAUCAAAAGUUCCCUUGUGAGAAGGGAAAAUAGUGUACCCUAUAGCUAUGAUGGAUGUAACAACAAAAGUUGUGAUUGAAGUGCAAGUUUACAGUUAACGACAUUGUUCACAUUAACAGACCAAAAAAUCAUAUUUUUCUUUCUAUGAUUUUAGAGGUUAAUGGUUUAUAAAAAAUUAAAGUUAUACCUAUGUUACUGGUGAAAAACAGCAUGUAGUCAAAUGAAUUUUAGGUAAUAAUUUAUACUAAUGAUAAUUUUAUUUUACAUCAAUGAAACCUUGAAGAGUUGACAAUUCAAAACAUUGUGAAGUACUUCAGAGUAUAUUGGUGAUGUAGAUAUGAAAAUUAUUUGUUUUAUAAUUUUGAAGUCAUCGUGAUAUGAAUAUUUUGGUGCUAGUGAGAAUGACUUAUUUCUUAUAUAUAACUACUCUAUGGAUCCAUAAAAUUCCCCUUUAACAGAAGAAUAAAUGGCCAGUAUGUUAUAUAUUUUUGGAGUAGGGCUGUUGCACUAAGGUGUCUCUUAAAGUUACCAUGAACAACCCAGUUUUAUUUGACAUGAAAGAAAAGGUAUAUUUAUUGCAAAUAUUUAUACAUCACUUGAGGCUUCGAUUACACAGUGAUUAGGGAAGUCUGUGCUACUAAGCAUAGCCAUUGGUGACUGCACUAGAUCUGCAUUAAAAAGCUAGGAUUCACCAGUAUUUUUUGGAACUCUUCCUUGAACACAGCAUUCUAAAGACUGAAGCUUGAGGUGAUGUGUAAAACAAUUGUUUUGUGCACUGUAGACGAAAAUACUAUUAUCGAAGAAAAUAUGUAUAUUAUGGUUUCAUCUAAUGAUUAAUACAGGCAUGUUGCUGUAAAGAAUGGAGAUUUAUAUAGUUGGCUGUGACAUAGGAGAGAGGUAGCAUAUCAUCCAAAUCUGUUCAAAACACUAUGUAUUAUUUGUUAGUCUUAAGAUACUAAUAUUCUCAACAAAUGUGCUUAAGUUUCCCUGCUUUCAUAUCAAUUUAUUACUCCAGCUGUUAAUUUUUUCAUAACUGUAUAAAGUAUACAGACAGAUUUCCUUUCCCAUCCCUGUCCAUUCUGUGUUUUUACUCUGUCUGUAUGACAUCCUUGUAGACAGGACAUUAAUCCCUAAUUUUCCUUCUUCGUGCAAUCCAUGUUUACAGUAUAAAGAAAAAUUAUCUUAUUUCAAAAUAUUGUAAAAUUGUAUUUGUUCACACAUUAUAUUGGAUGUAAAUCAAUUUUAAAGCAAAUUAAAGUGUCCCAUUUUAUAAAUUGGAAGCAUAUUUGAUUUAUGUGCUAUAGAUACAGGAAUUCACAUUGUGGGACAUAACUGCCAAAGUGUUCUGGUCUGUAGAAUUUGUUCCAAUUUUUUUUUUUUUUUUUUUUUUUUU